UCUUUGUCUGUUUAGUGCAGUACGUUGAUCUGAUUUCAGAUUCCUGGACAGCUAUGAGGCUUCUCUAACAGAGCUUCAGCACCAAAGGGAGCUCACCUUCAAAGCCUUUCAGCUACAGAGCUAAAACCUGGAUUCUGAGGAAAAUCCAAACGUCCAGGGGCGUCAUGUCUGUGCUCAAAAUCCUGUGCUGUUUGCUCAUAACAUGUUACCUCAAUGAGGGGAAGAAAAUUAAAGGAAACAGAACAAGUAUAACGGACACAGAGGUGGGGGGCGUCCUCAGGGUGAAAAAGCCAUAUGUCAGCUGUUCAGUCUUCAGACUGUUUUUGGGAGGUGAGGACACCUGCACACUGGACCCUCUGCGGCUGCACACUCUCACCUCCUGUGGUUUCAACAGCAGUAAUCCCCUCAUCAUCAUCACCCACGGGUGGUCGGUGGAUGGUAUGAUGGAGAGCUGGGUGCUCAGGAUGGCCACAAUUCUGAAGACCAACCUUGUAGAUGUCAAUGUAGUGAUCACCGACUGGCUGAGUCUGGCUCAUCACCAUUAUCCCUUAGCUGUGCAGAGCACACGCACUGUGGGCAAAGAUAUAGCUCAUCUGCUGCAGUCUCUUCAGAGAGAGUACCAGUACCCAGUCAGAAAAGCUCAUCUGAUCGGAUACAGCCUGGGAGCUCACAUAUCUGGGUUUGCUGGAAGCUUCCUGCAAGGUUCAGAUAAGAUUGGGAGGAUUACUGGGCUCGAUCCAGCAGGGCCGCUGUUUGAGGGCAUGUCUCCCACAGACAGGCUUUCUCCCGAUGAUGCAGAGUUUGUAGAUGCCAUCCACACCUUCACCCACGAACGUUUGGGCCUAAGUGUGGGCAUCAAGCAAGCCGUGGCACAUUACGACUUCUAUCCCAACGGAGGAGACUUCCAGCCUGGAUGUGACUUUCAUAACAUUUAUGAACACAUAAGCGAGUACGGGAUCCUUGGCUUUGAACAGACUGUCAAAUGUGCUCAUGAGCGCUCCGUCCAUCUGUUCAUGGAUUCGCUGCUGAAUAAAGACAAGCAGAGCAUGGCCUACAGGUGCAGCGACAACAGUGCUUUCGUCAGGGGUAUCUGCUUGGACUGCCGGAAGAACCGUUGCAACACGCUGGGCUACGACAUCAAGAAAAUCCGCACUGCACGGAGCAAGAAGCUGUACCUGAAAACAAGAUCUCGGAUGCCUUACAAACUCUAUCAUUACCAGUUCAGGAUCCAGUUUGUCAAUCAGACAGAGAGUAUCAAGCCGUCUCUCAUGCUCUCCCUGCAAGGAACAAAGGAUGAGAGUGGAGACCUGUUCAUCACAAUAGAUGAAGGCAUUCAUGGAAACACAACCUUCACCUUCCUGAUCACACUGGACAAAGACUUGGGAGAGCUGAUGAUGCUCAAGCUCAGUUGGGAAAUGUCCGAUCUGUGGAAGACCAUGUGGACUCGCAUGCAGAGCAUCUUUCCUUGGGGUGGCCAGGAAAGUAAACCUCAGCUGAUGGUGGGAAAAAUCAGCGUCAAAGCAGGAGAAACACAGGACAGGACAUCAUUUUGUGCCAUGAAUAAUGACGGACAACAAAUUGAAGUUGCUCAAGACAAAGUGUUUGUGCGCUGUAAAGAGGACGAACCAACGCUGCGCAGAAGAAAGCACAGUAGACUGGUUAAAAUGAAUUAACCUGCUCAACAGAUGAUGAUUGAAUGGUCUCCAGAUGAAACAUUCUCUCAUGUGCAGACUAAGAAAUCAACAACAAAAAUAAUUGAAUAAAAAAUAGGCACUGAGAGGUUUGCCUGGAAGUUAAAAACAAGCACCUGUUGAAAAUUUGUUUACAAUAAACUGUGAUAAAUUA